AUGCCACUUAGGCUAGGCACUUUAGGAUGUUUACUUUUUUUACAUAAGGCUUUGGGGCCAGACAAACCUGUCAGAAUUGAAAAUUCGGGGCUGAAAUCACGACAUCCGAAAAGACAAGGAUUGCUAGGCGGACCAUCGGUCACCCUUGCCACAACACAACACACCACCACACAGGUGAGGGAGACGAGUGAUCCUGAGCAAUUGGAGUAUGAUAUAUCUGAUAUCCAAGUCAGGCUUCUCGGUGUCCUGGCAUACCCAGAUAGGUACACCAAAGAGGACGAUUUGGCACAACAAUCACUCCUGCUUUGGGUCUCGACCACACCUUGCAUGGAUGGAAGAAAGGAAAUAAGCUUAAGAAAUAGCUAA